AUGGGUGUCCUUCGAAAAGCUAUUAAUUGGUACGCCAAAUUAGCGCCUUCCAGAGGUCCAUCGAAGCCACCAUACAAGCAUGUUGUACAAAUAGGAGAUCCUAUAUUGCGUAAAGCAGCGGAACCGGUGCCAGUGGAUAAAAUAAAAAGCGAUGAGGUUCGAAUGGUGGUACAAGCUCUCAAGUAUGUAUUAUAUAAAUAUGGAAGUGUGGGAAUGGCUGCUCCUCAGAUAGGAAUCAAUAUGAGGCUAUUUGUUAUGAGACAUACAGAGAAACAAAUAGCUUCAUUACCUUCUGAAUUGAUUAAACAGCGACAAAUCAGUGCUGUUCCGCUUACUGUAUUCAUCAAUCCCGUACUCAAAGUGGUUGAUUACCAAAAAGUUAUUCAUCCCGAGGCUUGUGAGAGUAUCAGAUCGUUUUCAGCUGAUGUUGCUAGAUAUAAAGAAGUGCAGGUGUCAGGUUAUGAUGAAGAAGGUGAGGCCAUAUCACAAGUAUUUAAAGGUUGGGGAGCGAGGAUAGCUCAACAUGAAAUGGAUCAUUUAGACGGCAAACUCUACACUGAUAUAAUGGAUAGGAAGACACUGUCGUGUUCAUGCUGGGAAGAAGUUAACUUAUCCAAAGGAAAAGUUGCAAUUCCCUUUAGUCCUGAGUGA